AUGGGGCAUCACGAAACUCAUGGUAUCUGUACCAUUCUCUCCCUACUCCUACUGUGGAGUACCAUCGUAUCCGCCGGAGACGAUGGCUUGGUCCGUAUUGCUUUGAAGAAGAGGCCGCUAAUGGAAGACAUCUAUAACAAGCUAGUGCCAAAGAUUACAACGGAGAACAGCGGGGCAGGGAGUAAGGUUGAUCCGGUGAGGGAAGCAGUUAACCAAGUUCGCGCCCAGGCACAAAGGAUAUUCACAGAGGCUGCGGCCAUGGAACAGCUGCUCAAGCGCCGUUGGAGUCACAGAGGGAUCGGAGGAAACAGACGUGUGCGCCAAGGUUACCAGGCCGUCGUCCCGCUCAAGAAGUACGUGAACGCUCAAUAUUUUGGGCAGAUUGGGGUUGGCUCCCCGCCACAGAAUUUCACGGUGGUCUUCGACACGGGGAGCGCCAACCUCUGGGUCCCUUCCGCCGAGUGCUUCUUCUCCCUUGCUUGCUACUUCCAUCCCAAGUAUGUAUCAAGACGGUCCAGCACCUACAAGGAGAACGGAACACCUGCUUCCAUUCAUUAUGGAAAAGGAGCAAUUUUUGGAUUUUACAGUCAAGAUCAAGUAACUAUUGGUGAUCUAGUUGUAAACAAUCAGGAAUUCAUUGAAGCUACUUACGAGCCUGGCUUUACAUUUUUAGCAGCAAAAUUCGAUGGCAUUCUUGGACUUGGAUUUAAGGAAAUUUCGGUUGAAGGCUCUGUUCCAGUCUGGUACAAUAUGGUUGCACAAGGCCUUGUGAACCAACAUGUUUUCUCCUUUUGGUUAAAUCGAAAUGCAAACAAUGGGGAUGGAGGUGAAAUUGUUUUCGGAGGUAGUGACCCCAAACAUUACAAAGGCAGCCAUACAUACACCCGAGUAACCCAGAAAGCAUACUGGCAGUUUGAAAUGGGAGACUUUCUUAUUGGUGGGAAGAGCACUGGAAUUUGUGUGGAUGGAUGUGCGGCAAUAGCAGACUCCGGAACUUCAUUGAUUGCUGGUCCAAUAGGUGUCAUUGCCCAGAUCAAUGAGCGAAUUGGAGCCACUGGAGUGGCUAACAAAGAGUGCAAACAAGUUGUUUCUGGAUAUGGACAAGAAAUGAUAGAGUUGCUGAAAUCGGAGACACCACCGGCACAAGUGUGUUCGAAGAUUGGGCUCUGCGCAUUUGACGGAACUAGAGGAGUAAGUGCUGGUAUUAAGAGGGUAACGGAAGAGGGACGAACAACAUCUGUAGACAACAUGUUUGAUGCUACAUGCAAUGCAUGCGAGAUGGCAGUGAGGUGGAUGCAAAGCGAAUUCGUUCAGAAUCAUACCAAGGAGGGCAUGUUGGAGUAUGUCGGUCGGCUCUGCCACAGUAUGCCUAGUCCCCUAGGAUCAUAUGUGGACUGUAGACACAUUGAUUCCCUGCAAAGUGUCUCGUUCAGCAUAGGCGGAAGGAUAUUUGAGCUCCAACCAGAACAGUACAUUCUCAAGGUUGGCGAUGGAUUCAUGGCUCAGUGUAUUAGCGGAUUCACGUAUUUGGACAUUCCCCCUCCAGUAGGCCCUCUCUGGAUAAUGGGUGAUGUCUUCAUGGGAGCAUACCACACCGUCUUUGACUAUGACAAGAUGAGUGUUGGCUUCGCGGAUACUGCAUGA